AUGUACCGUUCUGCAGGGCCGCUGCUGCGGAAGGGCGUGGCCCCGAAUGUCUGCAGACAACGUCGGCUGGUGCAGUCGGGUGGAGGCCCGUUCCAGCCGCUACGACCACCAUCGCCAGAUUCGCUGGGAGCGCCACGCAAGGCGCGCGAGUAUGUGCGGACACGCCGUUGGGGCCGGCGGCUAGCAACAGCAGCAGCGGUAGGCGGCGUGGGCUAUGCGGUGGACCGACAGGUGUACGGGUCAGGGAUGGCACGAUCGCUGCGGACAUUUGGGACAGGACUCGUGGUGGCGCUGGACUACAAGAUCAACUUCCGGGCAAAGCCGCUGCCACUGAUCGGGACACCCGGGGAAGCAUCAGACCUGCACCGGCGCAACGCAGAGCGGCUGUUUGAGCUGCUACGCCACAACGGCGGACUCUACCUGAAGAUCGGACAGGCGAUUGCGAUGCAGAGCGCAGUGCUGCCGCCCGAGUUCCAGCGCAUGUUUGCACGCAUGUUUGACGACGCGCCGCAGGUCGGCUGGGCGGCAGUCGAGCAGGUUGUGCGCGCCGACUUUGGCGGACGCUCGGUUGAGGACGUCUUCGGCGUCAGCUUUUCCGGCGAGCCAGACAGAGGCGUGAUGGAACGCACGGCACGGGCGAGCGCAUCGGUGGCCCAGGUGCACUGGGCACGGCUGGCAGACGGCCGCGAGGUGGCGGUCAAGAUCCAGAAGCCGGAGAUUGCCAAGCAGAUCGGCUGGGAUCUCUGGGCGUUCCGCGUCGUGGCCACGCUGUACUCGAAGUGGUUCGACCUGCCGCUGGACACGCUGGUGCCCUUUGUGGCCGACCGGCUGCUGCUGGAGACGGACUUUGCCAACGAGGCCGACAAUUCCGAGACCAUGCGGGCGCUCGUGGCCGGCGAGCCAACCCUGCAGGCCCGCGUCUACGUCCCGCCCGUGUACCGAGAGCUGUCGUCCGGACGGGUGCUGACGACCGAGUGGAUCGAGGGCGUCCGGCUGUGGGACCAGGACGCCAUGACGCGGCCAUGGCGCGGCCGUGCAGCGGCUGGCUCGAUGGGCACGCACGGGGCCGCGCUCGAGCCGCCCGACAUGGCCGCACUGCGACAGGCAGCCCGGACAGCUCCCGGCGACGUCGGGCUGCUGCUCAAGCCGGAACGCAGCAGCUGGCUUGGGCCACGUGGCAGCGGCGGGCUCGGUGUGUCGGCCGCCGACGUCAUGACCACCAUGGUCGACCUCUUCUCGGCGCAGAUCUUCAAGUGGGGCAUCGUACACUGCGAUCCGCACCCGGGCAACCUGUUUGUGCGGCGACGUCCCGGCGGCCAGGCCGAGCUCGUGCUCAUCGACCACGGCCUCUACGUGCACCUGUCGCCGCAUUUCCGCCACCAGUACAGCGCCUUCUGGAAGAGCAUGCUCGUCCAGGACCACGCCGCCAUGGUCGAGAUCUGCCGCGACUGGGGCAUCCGGGCGCCCGAGCUCUUCGCCUCGUCCACGCUGAUGCGGCCGUAUGAAGGCGGCGACGACAAGACGCGUCGCGACAUGCUUGCCGACCUCGACGGCAAGACCCCGGCCGAGCGCCACUAUGCUAUGCAGGCCCGCAUCAAACAGGGCAUCCGCGACAUCCUCGCCGACGAGGAGCGCUGGCCCAAAGAGCUCAUCUUUCUCGGCCGCAACAUGCGCAUCGUCCAGGCCAACAACCAGCGGCUCGGCAGCCCGGUCAACCGCGUCAAGCGCAUGGGCCGCUGGGCCAGCGCCAGCCUGUACGAAGACCGCGACUUGCCGUGGCCCCAGCGCUUGGCCAGCGCCUGGCACCACGUCCUCUUUGGCGCCGUCCUCUCCCUGUCCGACGUCUUGUUCUACUUCUUCCGUCUGCGCCAGUGGCUGGGCCUCGGCGGCGGGCUCGAGGACGAGGUCGAGGCCCGCAUGAAGAACGUGGCCAAGGAGUACGGCGUCGAGCUGCAGCACGACGUCUUUGAGGGCUGA